GUAUCCAACCAGCCAAUCAGAACAGAGAUUCACAAUUCGUUCCGACAAAUGGAACUAGAAGCAUUGUCCGUGCACAGCGGGAGAGGGCCAAUGAAAACGCUGCGCUUUCUUAAAUUUCCGGAAGUCUGUAAAACAAAUAGGCGCUCAGCCCAGUCAGUUCCGUGAUAAAGCAAAGCAAACAGGCCAGUUAUGCAGUAAAACAAACAGUUAAAUUACAAAAAUUCUUAAGUGGUUGAUUAAUUGAUUGAUUUUGAACCGGAAGUGAUCAAAAUGUUGGUUCCAUCUGAUAUGGUGAGCGCUCAAACCAAACUUAUGAAUCAGAUAGAAAAGUUUCAAACACAUCAAGUCAGUGAUAGAAACAUUGGUAUCAGGAAAACCAUUCAUGAUGUCUGCACAGUGGUUCAAGAUAUGCUCAAGGAGGUUGAGGCCCAGGAGCCGAGGUUUAUCUCCUCCCUUACAGAGAUCAACGGCCGGUUCGACGGCCUCCGUGUGAUCUCCCCGACAGAGUUUGAGGUGGUCCUCUACUUAAACCAGAUGGGAGAAUUUAACUUUAUAGACGAUGGUUCUAUGCCUGGCUGUGCAGUGCUUAAACUUUCAGAUGGUAGAAAAAGGUGAAACUCAUUUUAUAUUCUAGUUGCCCAAGCCUGUGAUAAAUCCUCCUACCGUGAUUCAGUAAAGAUGAUGAACGAUGCAAGUGAAGUUAAAAUUAGAAUCCGUGAAAAGUAUGUAGUUCAGAUAACACCAGCCUUCAAGUGCAAUGGAGUUUGGCCAAGGUCUGCUGCACACUGGCCUUUAAUGCCGAUGACUUGGCCACAUCCUAAUCUAGUAGCUCAAGUUAAGAUGGAAGGAUUUGAUUUAUUAUCCAAAGAAUCUGCAGCUCUUCAGAACAAGCAAUCCAGCUCAUCCAUGGAAGGAGAUGCCUGGAUAAUAUCCUUUCAGGAGGCUGAGGCUCAACUCUUAAUUGGAGGUUCAAGAAAAAAAUGUCUUUCAAUGCUGAAAACUAUUCGAGAUAGACACCUUGAUCUACAGGGUAACCCUGUCAGCUGUUAUGUUCUUCAAACCCUUAUUCUGUAUGAAUGUGAGAAACAUCCAAGAGAGGAGGAGUGGGAGGAUGGAUGUUUGGGAGACAGGAUUACAGGAAUACUUCUUCAACUCAUUUCAUGCUUACAGGUUGGUAGAUAAUAUAAUAUAAUCAUAAUA